AAGCAUCAAAAGUUAGACAAUAAGUAGGAAAUUAAUUGCACUUUAAACAAGAUGAAUCUCAAGGUUUACAAUUUAAAGAAAUCGAAUAUUCAUCACAUCCAUCUUUGCAUCACAAAUAUUUCCUAAAUAAAAUGUUUAGUAACUAUCCACUGAACAUGAGGAUGUACAAUAGUUCUCUGGAUUGAUACAUUUUUUGCAAGUUUUAUUACAAUAUAAACACUAUUUAGCAUUGCCACUCUAGUAUGUGCCAUCUAUGAAGUUGUGUUAAUUGUUAGAUAAUAAUCUCAACAAAUUGCAAGAAGUACAAUUAGUGAUUGAAUUUUAACAAAUUUUACAAGUAACAUCACAAUAUUAGCAUUAUCCAUUGAUUUCAUAAGUUUCAGUCUUGCAAAUGCAAGAUUUAGAUACAUUAUUUAGAAUCCUCAUUAGCAAUCAAUCACAUAGAGUACACAAAUUAGGAUUGAUUGAGUAAUUUAAACAAUUCUGAUCACAUUUACUAUAUUUACUUGACUAAUUUCAAAAUAACUCAUAAUAUUGCAACUAUUUCCUUCUAAAUGUCUUGUCGAUUCAGAAGAUGCACAAUAAGUGGCAGUAUUUUAACAAGUCAAACAUGAAAUAAAGCAUCAUUAUGAUCAGCUGAGACUGUAUUAUCAAAAUAUCCAGACAAACAUUGCCAC